UAACAUGAUUCACAAUGUAAAGGCUCUGAAAACUGAAAACCUAAGGAAGACAAAAUAGAUUUGGCAAUCGCAGGAGCUGGAUGACCGAGUCUACGAUGCCAAGUGGACUCUUGGAUAGCUUGAUACGCAACGGUUGGGAGUUUGGAAGGAAGUGUGUAUAACCCAUGCUCACAGAGGCCCUUGUACUGCACCUGGUUGGUAAUUGCCUCAAGAAAUAUGAUGUCGAUGGAUUCUUUGCUAUCCCAGUCACUAGUAGCAUUGGACAAACUUCUGGAUUUUUUAGAGAAGAGGGCUCUGCCUUGGUUUAAUUGGCGCAUACGUGGCGGCUUAAUUAAUGGUUGGAAGGAUUUUGUUGAAAAGUUCAAGAUUCGAUUUGCUCCGUUACAUGCUUUGGAUUAUAUUUCUUUUGAGAAGACAUCGGAAAAGGCUAAAGACAUAUUUGUCCAUGUGAGGGAAGAUGCCACCACACUCUCUGCCCCGACUGCGGAGGACAUUGAUGACUCAAAAGAAUCAAGUGCGGGGUCUCAUAUCAAAGAAGAUGAUUAUAGUGGGUCUGACAUCAUUGGAGAGGGUGGCGGUGCUCUUAUUGAAGAUUAUGGUGCUAAUAUUCAGAGUGACGAGCCAUCAAACAAAUCGAGUUCUACACCUUGUGAAUCAUAUGUGCCACCAAAUACCUCAGUUGGGAUGACAAUUGUAGCGUAUAAAGCUCUAGCAAAUAUCGAGAAGGUGGCAAACCUCAUUUCAUUCGCUGCCACCAAUAAGUUGUUUGACAUUGUCGAUGUGGUCAAGACAAAGCACCUAAUUUCAUCGCGAGCAACUACAUAUGCUAUGCGCCCCGUCGCAUCUUUUCAUCACUUUGCUGCAAGAGCCAAGAUGAUUGAAGAUUCAAAGAGUGGACUGCUCCUUUGGUUCAGCAUUCUUUCUCCAGUUUUAAAGCACGAGUGGGAGCCUCCUCCUUGAGGAAAAGGAUUGAUCUGGUAUGAACUAUUAUCAUUCUAGGUAAAGAAAUGUAGGUUUGAACU